UCUUCAUGAUCUGAGAGCACGCUGGAGGGAUCACGACUCACUGUGUUACAUUGUCUUCUGUCAUCUGAGAUACCGAUGACUACAGAAAACACACAGAUAGCUUAUUCAUAACCGGUGAUGGACUGGGACACGGGAUCAAAUAUACGGAAUAGCACGUGAAUUCCUGCGUGGAUUUGCACAAAUGAAGCCUGCGUGAAGAGUGUGGAUCUUACCACAGCAUCUCUGGAUUUUAUUCUGCAGUUUAUUCGGAGGAUAGUCCUCUUAAACGGAUUUCUUAAUUUUAUUGUAAUUUUUUUAUUUCAUUAUUUUGGAGACGUUGCAAUCAUUUGGUAAUGAAUGAGGAUGAUGUAGGACAAGUGUUUUACAGUAAACUCAAUACAGGUCUUCCAGCACUGUCCUGAGAUGUUUGUCGUGUUUUGGUCAGAUGUGAUAGUCCAGCUCUUGUAAGGUUUGAACAGCUCGAGCUCGAACCCACUGCGUCGCUCAUGUGGGGGUUUGACGCGCAGCGCGCAACAGGAGCGUCAGUGGGAGACGCGUCGCUAUUAUCAGUGUCAUGAUAUCGAUCAUUGAUCAUGGCCAGAAACAGCUCUCUGUACUUUCGCAUCGUGGAAGGAAGAAAUCUGCCCGCUAAAGAUGUUUCUGGGACCAGUGAUCCGUACUGUCUCAUCAAAGUUGACAAUGAAGUUAUGGCCAGGACAGCGACCAUCUGGAAGAACCUGAAUCCGUUCUGGGGGGAAGAAUAUUCCUUUCAUCUGCCCUCCGGCUUCCACUCGCUCACCUUCUAUGUGAUGGACGAGGACACCAUUGGUCAUGAUGAUGUGAUCGGGAAAAUCUCUCUGAGUAAAGAAGUGAUCGCCGCUCAAGCUAAAGGUUUAGAUAACUGGUUGAAUCUGACUCGUGUUGAUCCGGAUGAAGAGAUCCAGGGCGAGAUUCAUCUGUCUCUGGAGCUGCACAGACAUGUUGACAGAACCCGUGUGAAGUGUCACGUCAUCGAGGCUCGAGAUUUGGCUCCACGUGAUAUUUCCGGGACAUCUGAUCCAUUCACAAGAAUCAUCUACAGCAAUCUCAGCGUUGAGACAUCGAUCAUCAAGAAAACACGCUUCCCGCACUGGGAUGAACAUCUGGAGUUGUGUUUGAAUGAAGGUGGAGAUGAUGCCGAUGGAAACAUCACGGUGGAGGUCUGGGACUGGGAUAUGGUGGGCAAGAAUGAUUUCCUGGGGAAGGUGGAGAUUCCUCUCUCGUGUUUGUCCAGAAGUCCUGUACUGAAGCGAUGGUUUCGCCUGCAGCCGCUGGGAAACACGGAGGAUGACGCUGGGGGGAAGCUGGGUGCGUUACGUCUGAAGGUGCGUUUGGUGGAGGAGAGAAUUCUUCCCUCGGUGUAUUAUCAGACUCUGAUGCAUCUGCUGGUGGAGACCGUCAUUUCUCCAGCUGAGGUACAUCACACACACACCUGCUGUUAGCAAGAACAUUUACACACAAAAACUUAAAUUAAGUUGUUAAGACAGUGGAGAAAUAAUUGCAAAAAAAUGUCAUUAUUAAUUAUUCAUUUCCUUUUUCAGUAUGAACACAAACACACAACAAAUCAUCAGAAACAUUGAAUUACACUGAUGAAAUGUACAUUUACUUAUAUAAUAUACUGUUUACAAAGGUCUGUUUGAAUACUGGAUUCUGAUUGGCUGGAAGGUGUGCAUUAAAACCGGUCAGUUUGAUCAACGUUUGAAAUCAACUGAGGAAAAUAACCUUCAUUUGCACCUGUCUGAUCAAAAAGGACACUGUUUACAUCGAUAACAGCUUUAACAGGUGGUUUGGGCGCCACGUCGUGCAUUAAAACCCUUUAUUACACGGCUCAUUUGAACGCUUGAUUCUGAUUGGCCAGUCGCGACAUUCCAAGGGGUGUUAUUUUCAGAUAACAACCGCAAAAACCUUAUAACACCCUGUAACCCGGAUGCUGCAAAUCAUAUUGAGAGGGGCAGUUUAAUAUGACACAAAAAUGAAUUAUAAAUAUGUCUUUUAAUAACAUGACAUUAUAUUUACUAAUGAUUCAACCAAUUUGCCUGUUCGUGACGUUUGAACGUCGUUUCUUACUUUAAAACCGAAACUAAACGUCUUUUCCUCGCAGAAGGUCUGCGUUCAGUAAAAAUGAGCUAAUCAGAUAUUUCAAAUUCACAUUUUAUGUCCAGUUUUUGUCUCAUGUGGCAAGUAG